CGGGUGAAAUCAGCUGUUCAAUAUUGACAAAAAAUUUCCAAAUUACUUCCAAUUGGACUUGCUUUAUUUAGGAAUCAAAAGGAGAAUGUUAAUUAAAUAAUUAGAUUGUGGCUAAAAAGAAUCGGCAAUAAGGUUUUGUUUACUUGAUGAGAAAUGCCCUUCUACAGCACAUCCAUUAAACGUGUGUUGGACAACUGGCCGGGUAAAAAACGUUUUGGCAUAUAUAGAUUUUUACCACUCUUCUUCUUCCUUGGUGCGGGUUUGGAGUUUUCCAUGAUAAAUUGGACUGUGGGAGAAACCAACUUUUAUCGAACAUUUAAAAGACGACAAGCCAAAAAUUUGGUUGAAGAUAAAUUACAUUCGAUUCAACAGCAGUCAUCAAAGGAAACCGUUUAACUUUGAAGCUAUAGCACAAUGCCUGCUGGAGUUGGUUGGGGUCAGUAUAUAAAAUUCUUUACUUGUGCUAUGCUUUCCAUGAUGGCAGGCUCCCAA